GGUAACGAUAUUCCCGCUCUCACUUCUGUAAAGACGUGGUUGAGCCAGAACUUCUCCAUGAAAGACUUAGGGGAUGCUAGUUAUGUCCUUGGCAUAAGAAUCUACCGAGAUAGAUCAAGAAAGUUAAUAGGUCUGAAUCAAAGUACAUAUAUAGAUAAAAUCCUUGAUCGAUUUAGCAUGUCUAACUCAAAGAAAGGAUCUUUACCUAUGACACCCGGCACAGUUCUUUCCAAGAGCCAGAGUCCUACUCUCGAGCAGAAGGAACUCAUGAUGAAGAAGAAGUUGCAAACAAAGAAAUAUGAAGAGAGAUACUGGUUGUAUUAUCUAUCAAGCAAAGGAGAAAACACAGCCAGCUCUGUUGCUGAAGACGGAUCUUCAAAUGAAGUCCUAGCUGUUACCUUUAAGAAGGCCUCAAAAAGGAAGCGAGUAGUAUCUUCCUCCCCCAGUGCUGAAGAGCCACAAGACCUUGAAUUGGUCAAUCUGGAUGAGGAAGAGGUCUCUGCUCAAGGACAGCUUCAAAUGAAAAAGAAGAGAAGGAUCUCCACUCCCUCCACAUCUGGAAAUGUCAACCCGGAGAACUCACUGCAGAACAAUCCUCAAGACAGUCCUCAACAACUUGAUGAAGACCAACUGAAAAUCAGGAGGACUUUGUCAUUCCUCAACCUGAACAGAUCCAAGCAACAGCUGAAGAAGAAGAAAUUCAUCACUCCCUCACUUUUCAAGUUCAAGAGAUCCUCACAACCACUUGUGAGAUCUCCAAUCAAGCAGAACUUGAAAUUCAGGCAGAGUGCAUUCCUGGUAUACGGUGGUGAGGAAGAGCUAAAAGUGGUCGGUUACACUGAUGCUAGCUUCCAAAUCGACAGAGACGACUCAAAAUCACAAGCAGGAUAUUUGUUUUGCUUGAACGGUGGAGCUUUUAGCUGGAAGAGCUUCAAGGAAGACACAACCGUCGAUUCAACUAUAGAGGCUAAGUACAUAGCUGCCGCCGAGGCAGCUAAAGAAGCUGUUUGGAUCAAGAAGUUCAUUACUAAACUUGGAGUGGUUCCUAGUAUUAAUGACCCUAUCUCAUUGUUUUGCGACAACACUGGGCCAUUGCGCAGGCAAAGGAACCGCGAUCUCACUAGAAAACAAAACACAUUGUACGAGCAUGCCAAGGGAGAAAUACACACCAACUCCAUGAAUAUAUGCUAAGGAAGAAGAAGAAGCAAGCAAGAAACCAUCCAAAGUUUCUAAAAUCCUGAGUUCAAACACAGCAGCCCACUUUUAGGAACAUCUAGAAGGUAUCGUAGAGAAGAUUCGGUGUUGGAAUAUUGAAAUAAAGGAGUUAAUCGUCG